UGCCAAUCGGAGCCGAGUAGAGUAGAGUAGAGUAGAGUUGUGUCCCUGUGGCCGCCAUUAAAGGAUGCGACCAAUGUAUUCAAACAAACCAGUGAGACACAGCUGAGCACAGCACAGCCUUGCCUCUUUUAACUGUAUUUUUUAACCAGAACCUUUUACUUCUAUCGCCAGCGUCUCCGCGAAAGGCCGUUGACGAGCGUCCGGUGAAGACCUAGAAAGCAGCGAGUGAUUUUUAGUCAAAUUUGAAGCUGAAGUCUUCUGUCUUGAACUGUUUGUUGCUGCCUCGCUUAGCUUAGCCCGAUGCUAUGCUAAGCUAAAGGGGGAGGGCUUGAAUUCACCUCCCUACUCUCUCGGACUGCUAAAAUUACAUAUUAAUUGAUGUAACAAAAUUUUGGGGGUGAACAAUAUCUCACCGCGGAUCAUGGUAAAUGCAAGCAGGGAGUUUUUAGCGCAACUGUUCCUGGUAAGUGAGUAACCUCUAGCGGAGUCGUAGCGGAGCUAAGCUAAUUAGCUCGCUGGACGCGAAGCCGAUUGUGUCCGAGAGACGGAGACCCUAUCCAACCCCCCUCGCAUUAUCUGUUCCUGGGAUCUGAAAGAGAGGAUGGCCCGCUGGACUGAGCUUUGAUGAUGAGUUCUUGUUUUGUACCCAACGGGGCAAGCUUGGAGGACUGCCACUCCAAUCUCUUCUGCCUGGCUGACCUCACUGGGAUCAAAUGGAAGUGUUUUGUAUGGCAGGGCCCAACCUCGUCCCCCAUCCUCUUCCCGGUGACGGAGGAGGACCCCAUCCUGUGCAGCUUCAGUCGCUGCCUGAAGGCAGACGUGCUGAGCGUGUGGCGGAGGCACCAGACCCCGGGCCGGCGGGAGCUCUGGAUCUUUUGGUGGGGAGACGACCCCAACUUUGCCGAGCUCGUCCACCAUGACUUAUCAUGUUAUGAGGACGGUUCGUGGGAGAGCGGCCUGACCUACGAGUGCCGGACGCUGCUCUUCAAAGCCAUCCAUAACCUGCUGGAGCGCUGCCUCAUGAACCGAUCCUUUGUUCGUAUCGGCAAGUGGUUUGUCAAACCCUACGAGAAGGAUGAGAAGCCCAUCAACAAGAGUGAGCACCUGUCCUGCUCCUUUACUUUCUUCGUACACGGAGACAGUAAUGUGUGCACCAGCGUGGAGAUUAAUCAACACCAGCCUGUCUAUCUGUUGAGCGAGGAGCACCUGACUUUGGCCCAGCAAAGCAGCAGCUCGGUUCAAGUGAUCCUCUCUCCGUAUGGUUUGAGUGGGACUCUGACGGGCCAGUCCUUCAAGCUGUCAGAUCCACCGACCCAGAAGUUGAUCGAAGAAUGGAAGCAGUUCUAUCCCAUAGGCCCCAGCACCAAGGAGGUCACAGACGACAAGAUGGAUGACCUCGACUGGGAGGAUGACUCCUUGGCUGCUGUUGAGGUUGUUGUUGCUGGGGUGAGGAUGGUGUACCCAGCCUGCCUGGUGCUGGUGGCCCAGUCAGACAUCCCAGUCAUGGCUACAGUGAGCUCUUCCACCUCCUCGGGCUCUUACUCAGGAGGUCAGCACAGUCACAUGAUCCAUGGAGAUACUGGCAUCUCUUCAGUCACCCUGACUCCUCCCACUUCACCAGAGGAGGCUCAAGCAGUUUCUCAGCCUGCCCAGAAAUGGGUGAAACUCUCCGCUAUGUCAGGCGCCUUUAGUGUGGACAGCAGCAGUCAUCACGGAGGCAAGAUCCCCCGCCGGCUAGCCAGCCAAAUGGUGGAGCGAGUCUGGCAGGAGUGCAAUAUUAACCGAGCCCAGAACAAGAGAAAGUUUUCAACCAUGUCUAAUGGAGUAUGUGAGGAAGAAACGGACAAAGCUUCUGUUUGGGACUUUGUGGAGUCAUCUCAAAGGUCGCAGUGCAGUUGCUCAAGGCUUAAGAACCAGAAACAGCGGGCGUGUAGCACCCCCGGGCAUCCUCCAUCUGCUGGCCAACCUCCUCAGCCCUCUACCAAACACAAGAUGGCGGAGAAGCUGGAGAAAGGAGACAAGCAGCAAAAGAGGCCCCAGACGCCCUUCCACCACCGCAGCUCUCUGUGUGAAGAACAGCCCAACUUGGAGCAGGGAGAUGGCGUUCACAGGCUGUGUCUGCAGGGCCAUGAGGACAGCUGCUACCCCAACCUACACCAUGCUGACGUCACCUCCAGCAAGACCCCAAUGCUGCACAGCUCAACUGAUGAGAUGGGUGGCUCCCCUCAACCCCCGCCCCUCAGCCCGCACCCUUGUGAGCACGGAGAGGAGACUGCCGACGGCCUAAAGUCUUCCUCCUCACCCUUGCACCAACACUUCUAUCCUCCUUCCUCUGAGCCCUGCCUGGUACCCCAGAAACCCCCAGAUGAUUCUUCACUAGACCCAAUGCCUUUAUCCUGCCCACCUCCGUACCCAGAGUCCCUAGAAGCCUCCGUGUACAUGGGCUCCGCCAUAAACCCCAACGAGGACACAACACACAACCCCUGGAGGUACUUUAGGGUGCCUGGUAGGAAGAAUGCGGAUUUCCAAACACCUCAUCUUCCUGGGGUCACACUAUUCGAGGAUGGUAACAGGGCCGGAUGCCAGGAUGCUGUUGUGUCAGUUACAGAGUUUAUGUCCUCCUCCAAAAGGCCUCUGAAAGUGUCGGAAGAGCUGGUGAAGAUGUACGAGCAAAAGAAAAAACAGUAUCUCUCAGCAGCUGAGUGCGAUGGGGACCAGGAGCAUGAAUCUGACCCUUAUGCUUUUGUGGAAGGAGAUGAUGAGUUUACUUUCUCUGAUAAAGACAAAAAAACAGGAGCCGAGAGGGAGCCCGGGAAGAAAAAUAAGAGGGAUGAUGGCAGUUUGUCAUCUUCUGAUGGUGAGUAUUAUUUCCUUACACUUAAGUUGAUAAAAAAAUGUUCAUUGUUUCUGAAAAUGUUCCUGAGGGUCAUUUUGAACACACCUUUUCACACAGAUGCCCAGGGGUCAGCUGGCAGUAAAUCACUUCCAACCACCAGCUUGAUUCACGAGACAGAUCUGGUUGUGUCCAUUAAUGACCUGGACAACCUCUUUAACUCUGACGAGGAUGACCUGACGCCUGGAUCCAGAAGAGCUGCUGGUGUAGCAGAGGGAAAAUUUGGUAGGAAAGAACCAAAACCAGCAGCGCCAGACCCCCUGCCUUAUUCUGCGGACCUGCACCAGAUGUUCCCAACCCCUCCAUCACUGGAGCAGCACAUCAUCAUGGGCUACUCUCCUAUAAACAUGGGCAAUACAGAGUCAGGGGCUGGCUUCUCUCUUUUGGAUGGGGCCAUCAGCGGGAACUUCAAGAUGGAGGUGGAGGAGGGUUUCUGCAGCCCCAAACCCUCAGAGAUUAAGGACUUCUCCUACGUGUUUAAACAAGAGUCCUGUCAAGCGCUCAUCGGCUGCUCCCUUUACGCCCCUCUGAAGAUGCUGCCCAGCCAUUGUCUGCUUCCCAUCAAGCUUCCAGAAGAGUGUGUGUACCGGCCCAGCUGGACAGUCGGCAAACUGGAGAUGCUGCAACCAAUGGCAGCCAUGACCUUCCUCAACAAGGACAGUAACAUCCCUAGUGUAGGAAGUGCAGUUGAGCAGGACCAGAGCUGCACCCCUCAGACACACAACACCUUUAUGUCCAACAGCGCACCACCCAGCAAUUGCGGCGCUGGCAUCCUACCCUCACCGGCCACCCCUCGAAUCUCUGCCCCGACACCACGGACACCCCGGACCCCACGCACCCCCAGAGGCCCUGCCAGCGUCCAGGGCUCACUGAAAUACGAGAACUCCGACCUGUAUUCUCCCGCCUCUACACCCUCCACCUGCCGACCUUUAAAUUCAGUGGAGCCGGCCACCGUGCCCUCCAUCCCGGAAGCUCACAGCCUAUACGUCACCCUCAUCCUCUCCGAGUCGGUCAUGAACCUCUUCAAGGACUGCAACUUUGACAGCUGUUGCAUCUGCGUCUGCAACAUGAACAUUACGGGGGCAGAUGUGGGCGUCUACAUCAGCGAUCCCAACAUGGACUCACAGUACUCAAGCAUGGACCCCUGCUCUUGCGGUUUCAGCGCGGUCAUGAACCGUCGAUAUGGAAAUGGUGCCGGCCUCUUUCUGGAGGAUGAGCUGGACAUCAUGGGAAGGGGUUCAGAUGCUGGUCGGGAGACUGAGAAGCACUUUGAGGCUGUACGCGUGGCCUCCCUUCAGAUAGGGGCGGCCCUUAAAGAGCAGGUCCCGGAUGAUCUAAUCCUCUUGCUGCAGGACCUGUGCACUAACCCCUUCUCCCCCAUCAUCAGGCCAGAACAUCCCAGCACCAGUCUCAAGACCCCCAUGCGCCUGGAGGAGAGGGACUAUUACUGUGAUUGCUACUUGGCUCUGGAGCAUGGCAGACAGUUCAUGGACAACAUGUCUGGGGGAAAAGUCGAUGAGAUGCUGGUCAAGAGCUCCUCUUUACACCACUGGGCCAAACGCAGUGCUUUCGAUAUGAGCAUGCUGUUCUCUCAGGACGUGCUGAGGAUGCUGCUGUCACUACAGCCUGUCCUGCAGGACACCAUCCAGAAGAAGAGGUCUGUGCGCUCUUGGGGAGUCCAGGGCCCCCUCACCUGGCAGCAGUUCCACAAGAUGGCUGGCAGGGGAUCGUAUGGCACGGAUGAAUCUCCAGAGCCCCUCCCCAUUCCCACCUUACUGGUAGGUUACGAGUAUGACUAUGUAGUGCUGUCACCUUUCGCUCUGCCAUACUGGGAGAAGCUUCUGUUGGACCCGUACAGCUCUCAGCGGGAUAUCGAAUAUUUGGUUGUGUGUCCCGACAAUGAAGCCCUGCUUAAUGGAGCCAAAACUUUCUUCAGAGACUUGACAGCUGUAUAUGAGUCGUGUCGGCUCGGUCAGCACAAGCCCAUCGCUAAGUCUCAUGCUGAUGGUAUUGUGACUGUGAGUGAUGCUGGAGCCAAAUCUCUCACGGAUCAGACUCUCACUGACUGGCUCUCAAAAACCAUAAACAGCAGCAGCGAGGCGUUUAACAAACUCAAACUCUACGCACAAGUGUGCUGUCACGACUUGGCAUCCAUUCUAGCAUCCCAGUCUUUGGACAGCUCACUGCUUUCCCAACGAAACCAAACCAGCUCUACACACACUUCCAGCUCUGGUACCCCCGUAACAGCCACUCAGAAUACCACCCCGUCUACCAGCUGCACCUCCAACACUAACACCACCACCACCACGUCCACCCCUUCGUCCUCUUCCUCCUGCUCUCAGGGCAUAGGCCCCAUGCCAUCUUCCAAGCCCAAUUCUCUACCUCCUUAUGGAGGCUUGCAGUCCAGCCAGCCGACUCAGGGUGCAGGAACUCUGGAUGAUGGCACAUCGGCCACCAGCCAACCUCAGGUCCUGUCUGAGCCCGCAGAAAGCACAAUGGAGAGAGAGAAGGUGGGGGUGCCUACUGAUGGAGAAUCCCACGCUGUCACCUAUCCUCCUGCUAUAGUGAUCUACAUCGUAAACCCUUUCAGCUAUGAGGAGACAGGCCAAGGCGGCAAUUCUAGCGUGUGGACAAUGGGUCUUCUUCGCUGUUAUCUAGAGAUGCUUCAGACUCUUCCUCCUCACAUCAGGAAUGCUGUAUAUGUCCAAAUUAUUCCCAGUCAGUACUUGCUGCAGCCGGUCUGGAGUGAGGAGCGCCAUAUAUACGCACAGCACCUGAAGUCUCUGGCUUUCUCAGUUUACACUCAGUGCAGACGGCGUCUGCCAACCUCCACUAAUGUCAAAACGCUAACAGGCUUCGGCCCCGGCCUGGCCAUUGACACUGCACUACAGAGCAAAGAGAGACCAGAGUGUUUACAUCUCUACGCACCACCGUUCGUCCUGGCACCAGUGAAGGACAAGCAGACAGAGCUGGGUGAGACUUUUGGAGAAGCUGCCCAGAAAUACAACGUGCUGUUUGUGGCCUACUGCCUGUCACAUGACCAGAGGUGGCUCCUGGCUUCAUGCACAGACCAGUACGGAGAGCUGCUGGAAACCUGCGUCAUCAGCAUUGACGUACCCAACCGAGCUCGGAGGAAAAAGGGCUCUGCACGACGGCAGGGCCUUCAGAAGCUUUGGGAAUGGUGCCUCGGUCUCGUACAGAUGACCUCACUUCCUUGGCGCAUUGUGAUUGGCCGGCUCGGAAGGAUAGGUCACGGGGAAUUGCGUGAUUGGAGUAUUAUGUUGAGUAGGCGAAACCUUCAGUCUCUCAGCAGACGACUGAAGGAAAUGUGCAGGAUGUGCGGCAUCUCUGCAGCAGACAGUCCCAGCAUCCUCAGUACCUGUCUAGUCGCCAUGGAACCACAGGCAUCCUUUGUCAUCAUGCCAGACUCCGUGUCCACGGGCUCCGUGUUUGGCCGCAGCACGACCCUGAACAUGCAGUCCCAGUUAAACACUCCUCAGGACACCUCCUGCACUCACAUCCUCGUGUUCCCCACUUCUGCCGGCCUCCAGGCCUUCAAUCCCAACAACGAUGUCACAGAUGGCAUGGGCGGCAUGGAUGGGAUCUUAGACCUGCUGUCAGAGAAUGACCUGGUUGAUCCUGAUCUUAUUAACAUCUUACCCAACUCUCCCAACACCUCCCCGGUACAGUCGCCAGGCUCACAUUACCACCACGGAGGAGACGGCAGCAAGGGCCAGAGCACAGACAGGAUGGAGUCUCACGACGAGUCUCCCAACAUCCUCCAGCAGCCCAUGGCUCUGGGCUACUUUGUGUCGACGGCUAAAGCCGGCCCACUGCCUGACUGGUUCUGGUCCUCCUGCCCACAGGCAAAGAACCAAUGUCCACUCUUCCUGAAGGCUUCUCUGCACCUUAAUGUUUCAUCAGUGCAGUCAGAUGAGUUGCUGCACAGUAAACACACUCACCCUCUGGACUCCAGCCAUACCUCAGAUGUGCUCAGAUUUGUGCUGGAACAGUACAAUGCCCUUUCAUGGCUGACCUGUGACCCAGCGACUCAGGACCGGCGCUCUUGUCUGCCUGUGCACUUUGUUGUGCUCAACCAAAUGUACAACUUAAUAAUGAACAUGCUCUAACCAACGAGGGGGUUCUGCACAACUGUUGCCAUGAUUUCUCCCAAAAGAGCCUGCAGAGACACAGCAUCACUGCACUGCACUGCCGCCGCAGGCCUCCACGCUGUGGACACGGCUGGGCAAACCAACCUCAAUCAGACCGCGCACUUACGGCAAGGCCAAGCUGCCCAGUUCAUGCCAAGUGUCCAUCUCACAACAACUGGAGGGAAAGAAACUAGUCCAUGUCAGUGGACUCAAGUCCUGAUAAUGGCCUGAAAGUGCAGUCUGGGUCAGGUUUUAUCCAGUUGAAAUGCCUGCAUAUAUCUUAUUUAUUGUACGUUUUUAAAUGUCAUUUCUUAAUCUUUUAUAUUAUAUAAAGACAGGAAGCUGCAUAUUGCCUUCCUAAAUGAAUUAAAAAUGGUUUGUCAUGUAUGUAAUUGUCUUAAUUACAGAACCGACAAGUGAAUUUGCUGUUGGUUGCUUUUAGAGGAAUAUUUAGAGAAAUAUUUUCUCCACAAUUUUUACUGUCACAGUGUACAGAAUGAAGUAUACAGGAGCUCCCGUUCUUACCUUUGUGUGGUGGGGACUUUAAGAUAAGGCUGUAGCUACAGAAUUCCUGUACAGCAAUUUAAUGUUCAAAUAAGAGGACAAGAGGUACAUUGUCGGAUUAUAUAUUUUAUAUCACAAAUUUAGAGAAUUGUGUGUGUAUAUAAAUGUGUACAUACAAUUGUGUGCCGCUAUGGAUGGUGCAGCUAAUGUUUUAGGAAUAAAGUGUGUAAAACCUGAAA